AUGGCCGAAGACGUCGGCAAGAGCUUGCUCGAGCGCCUACAGGCACUUCAGGGUGGACCAGGUGGCACUCGAUCGUCGCAAGCGCCUCUGAAAUUAAAUAUUGAUGUCAUUGAGAGAGCAAAAACACCAUCGAAGGAGGAUGCGCUGACGGCACGGCUCAGGUUCCUGCGCGAAGGUUCCGCGACGCCAGAGCCGGGCGGGCAACGAGCAUCACCAAAGCCUGCUGGCCCACCAGCGCGCGUCCUCUCGGAAAAGCAGGGUUCAGUAGUAGCCCCGUCUGCAUCUUUGAGAGAGGGUGAUGGCAAGGCAGACGAUAUCGAACACGUCUUUGAAACCGACGACGACACCUUGGAGGAGCUCUUAGCCGACGUCACGCCCGACGAAGAGCUAGGCGCUGUAGGCACACACGAGCCAAGCGACGAGCAGGUCAAGGCGCUUUUGGAAAAGCUCGCCGAUGAGAUACCUAAAGACACCGACUCGCCAUCAGGGCACAAAGAAGGUGACAGCCAGGAGCUAGAUUCCGACGACGACUCGGACAGCGAGGCCAUGAAGCGCAAGGUCAACGACGUCGUGGAGCAAUAUCAAGACGAAGCAGAGCUGGAAGCUCCAUCAGACAAGCAAUCUUCGGAAGCCGAGGAUUUCCAAGACUCUCACGACGAAGCGACGCACGACGACGGCGAACCCGACGCUGCCGACCUGGGACUGCCCUCGGUCCCCUCGGACCUGCAAGACCUUCCGUCUUCGCCCGGCGCUGGUGCCAAGCAGGGCAAGCCGGACCUGGAGGAGAUGACCGCGCGCAUAGCGGCCCUACGUGCGGCGAGCCACAACACCGACGGCGGCGGCGACGACGGUGACGAUGGAGGAGGCUCCUUGGGCCUGCCGGAUGUGCCGACGUCGCGUCCCUCGACCAAGCCCGUCCAGCGGCUGCAGACGCGGACAAAGUACACCGACGACGACGUGGACAGCUGGUGCACCGUGUGCCUCGAGGACGCGACGCUGCGGUGCCUGGGCUGCGACGACGACGUCUACUGCGCGCGGUGCUGGCGCGAGAUGCACAUGGGCCCGGCCGCGGCCUUUGACGACCGCAGCCACCGCGCCGUUCAGUUCACGAGGGACAGGAAGAAGAAGGAGGCGCCGCGCAAGGUCGCGCUGGGCGCGUGA